AUGGCUUCUGUCACUGCUCCCAAGAAGCCGUCUGCCCCGAAGGGAAGAGGCCGUCCGCCUGCUGAAAUGGAUUUCAAGGAAUGGGUCCAACCUCUGCUCAAAAAGGGGGGGCUGCCCCUUCUCGGGUCAACAUACAAGCCCACGCCAAUUCAUGGGUCAGGUGAAGACAAGCUAGUUCUGCACCACACACUCAACUUCCCUCAUAAAACGGCCAAGGAGGGAUUGUUCGCGCAUCCAGCCUGGUACCUCUUCAAGCCUCGUGUCUCGAGCGGACGGAGCACGCCGGAAUCAGAGAGAGAGAGACAGCAGGGAACGCUAAGCAGCUCGCCGCCCAAGAUCAAGUCUUCCUCAGAGGACGGAAACAGACUGACCCAAACUCAAACGCGAACAAGCAACACCAGCUCGGGUCCCACCAGCUCGGGUCCCACCCUGCUAAAACAAUCAACGGGACUGACGGGCGAUACAAACGUGACAGUCCCGGAUCGAGAACGCUCGGCUAGCCCACCGCCGACGUUGAACCAAGAGGCCGAUAUUGGUCUCCCAUUGGGCCAGAUUUAUCGCGGCGAGACGCAACCGCAUGCGACCAGCUACUAUCUCGUCCUGGACGAGUACCAGCGUGUCUGGCUGUGGCGGCACAGCCCCGACAAAGAAGAAGAGAGCGACGAGUUCGAUGGCGUGCUCAGCACCGACAUGGAUUCACAUUUCAGGGCCACUAUUUUGUGGCAUGAUCUUGACGAGUGGGCCAAGAAAGGAUGCAAGGAAGUCGAUAACGCCUCUUUCAGCUCACAGAUCAGAGACCAUGCCACUGUCUCCACCACCAACCUCGAUCUCGUCCAGCUCGGCGAAAAACAGGUUGCCGAUGCAAGGACCAUUGGUUUGGAAGCGCACGCAAAGUAUCAGAUAGACAUGGCAGCAUACCUGGCUGCUCACAAGUAA